GGUUUCUUCUGUGCCACUGGUGUGCUGCGUUGCUUUAGUCACAAGACAUUACUCUGGUGUGCUGCGUUGCUUUAGUCACAAGACAUUACUCUGGUGUGCUGCGUCAGAACACUCGAUUUACAUGUGAUUCUGUAGUCGUCUUGAAAGGAAAACCAUUUAGCCAUGUCCUGUGCUAUGAAAAGUCUGGUGGAGGAUAACGACAGAUACCUGAAGUCCUUCCAGCUGUUCCUGGAGCGCUCCUCUGAACACAAGUGCAUGCAGGACUUUAUCCGUGGCAUCUUGCCUGAUAUUCUAGCCAGCAUUGGAGAGGGAAAAGCCAAUCUUAAUGUGAUGGGAGUGGGAAGUGGAGCAGGUGAGAUUGACCUUGAGAUGUUCUCUCAGCUGCACCUGAAGCAUCCUUCAGUAACCGUGGACAACCAGGUGGUGGAACCCAGCGCCCAGCAGCUCCACCUCUAUAAGGUGUUGGUGUCCCAGAAACCAAACCUAGACUACAUUAAAUUCAGUUGGAACAAGAUGACGGCCACUGAGUUUGAGAAGCACUGGAGAGAGAACCAUUUGACCAAGAAGAUGGACUUCAUUCACAUGAUACAGAUGUUGUAUUACGUGAAGGAUCCAGGUGCUAGUGUCACAUUCUACCAGAGCCUCCUGGACAGGAAUGGAAAACUACUUGUAAUUCUGGUGUCUGAUGAGAGUGGCUGGGGAAAGCUGUGGAGGACCUUCAGGACCCAGCUGUGUAACACAGAGAUCAGUCAGUGUGUGACUACAGGUGAUAUUAAAGCCUACCUGGACUCUAAGACAGUGAGUUACCAGAGCUACAAGCUGCCGUCUCAGAUGGACAUCACCGAGUGUUUCACUGAGGGGGACCAGAGAGGAGAACUGCUUCUGGACUUCCUGACUGAGGUGUUAGACUUCAGCUCCACUGCUCCUCCUGAGCUGAAGAGAGGAGUUCUAGACCUGCUGAAGACCCCAGACUGUAGCAAGGAGGUGGAUGGGAGGGUCAUCUUCAAUAACACCUUGGAGGUGCUGGUGGUUGACCCUCUACAGUAACACAGGAAUAGAUGUCAAAAUGCUGUAGCAACAAUGUGUAUCACCGAUAAACACAGAGUAUACAAAACAUUAGGAACACUUCCUCUUUCCAUGACAUAGACUGACCAGGUGAAUCCAGGUGAAAGCUAUGAUCCCUUAUUGAUGUUACUUGUUAAAUCCACUUCAAUCAUUGUAGAUGAAGGGGGGGGAGACAUGGUAAAUAAGGAUUUAUAAGCCUUGAGACAUGACAUUAUGUAUGCGUGCCAUUCAGAGUGUGAAUAGGCUAGAUGAAAGAUUUAAGUGCUUUUGAAUGGGGUAUGGUAGUAGGUGCCAGGUACACCGGUUCAUGUAAAGAACUGCAAUGCUGAUGGGUUUUUCACAUGUUUCAAGAAUGGUCCACCACCCAAAGGACAUCCAGCCAACUGCGGGAAGCAUUGGAGUCAACCUGGGCCAGCAUCCUUGCGGAACGUUUUCGACACCUUGUAGUAGAGUCUGUGCCCCGAUGAAUUGAGGCUGUUGUGUGGGGUGCAACUAAUUAUUAGGAAGGUGUUCCUAAUGAUUGGUAUAUUCAGUGUAUGCAUGAAAGGCUUGUUGUGGUAUUCAUUUAAUUACCUGAUUCCCGUCUGCCCACCAAGAUCCCACACCUGGAACUUCAGGUUCUUGUACGUCACUGUCUCCAUGUUGAAGCCGAUCACUGUACAACACAAUGACAGAGAUGACACACCUUAAACACACGUCAAAGAAAGACAUUGUGGAAAGACCAGUUAUUAUUCGAGGGGGUGGUUGAUGGUCCUAAUGUGUGGUAUAAUCAGUGUAUAAAGUCAGUACUUCAUCCAUCACAAAUAAUGUUAUGUGAAAACAAUUUGUUUUACCUUUAACAACACAUCAGAACCUAAAACAUGAUACAGUUGCUUUCAGGGGCGCUACUUUGGUUUUAGAAGUUGGAAAAGUAAGCAAAAAUGCCCAGUCAUCAAGCAAGAUAAGAGAUAAUUAUUAAAUAUGUUUUAAGUGAUUGAUAAAACUGAACUAGAUGCAAGGUAAUUUAAUAAUCAAUAUUGUGUUGCACCUUUAACCAAUAGUCUAAGAAAUGAACAAGACUUUAAAAAAUAACGUACAAAGACUUUUGAUUAUCUUUAAGACAUCUAUAUCAAAUUUCAGGCAGACCGACCAACCUCAUGCACGCCUAACCCUCACCAGUCUAGUCAAUAACUCAACUCUCUCCCUGACCCUCACCAGUCUAGUCAGUAACUCAACUCUCUCCCUGACCCUCACCAGUCUAGUCAAUAACUCAACUCUCUCCCUAAGCUAACACCUUUGCUGAUAUUCGGGAGUUGAUGCUGUUGGAAGAUUUUAAAAGCAACCUCCUUGAGAGAAUUGUAGUUAGUUUAAAUGAACAGAAAGUGGUGCCAUUGGCCCAGGCAGCAGUGUUGGCAGAUGAGUACGCUUUGACACACAAGACUGUCUUUGGUGCGCCUUGUUUUGAAGGCCGGACGAUUACGGCAUCAGUGCCUCGUUCAGGUCGCUUUUCCUCGGACAACCCCAAACCUUCGCACGAAAUCCGUCUUUUACACUGAUAACAAGUUCAAACAGGUGCCAUUAAUACAGGUAAUGAGUGAAGGACAGAGGAGCCUCUUAAAGAAGAAGUUACAGGUCUGUGAGAGCCAGAAAUCUUGCUUGUUUGUAGGUGACCAAAUACUUAUUUUCCACCAUAAUUUGCAAAUAAAUUCAUUAAAUAUCCUA